UUUGUUUUUCCAGGGAUAAGGUUGCUCCAGUCGGAUUCUUUGAGAAAUACCCGACGCUUAUUACCAGAUUCUUUUUCUUCAUGUGGUAUUUCUUAAACGUGAUAUUUAACAUACUUAACAAGAAGAUCUACAAUUAUUUUCCUUAUCCUUACUUUGUGUCUGUGAUCCAUUUGUUGGUUGGAGUUGUUUACUGUUCGGUUAGCUGGUCCGUUGGUCUUCCUAAACGCGCUCCAAUUGACUCCAAGCUUCUGAAGCUGUUGAUACCUGUUGCUAUAUGUCAUGCACUUGGUCAUGUGACUAGUAAUGUCUCAUUUGCAGCAGUUGCUGUCUCCUUCACCCAUACAAUUAAAGCUCUUGAGCCAUUCUUCAAUGCUGCUGCUUCUCAAUUUAUUUUGGGACAGUCCAUUCCCAUUACUUUGUGGCUUUCAUUGGCUCCUGGGUUCUUGGGUGUUUCCAUGGCAUCAUUGACUGAGCUGUCGUUCAAUUGGCUUGGUUUUAUCAGUGCUAUGAUUUCCAACAUCUCUUUUGCUUACAAAAGUCUCUACUCAAAGAAAUCUAUGACUGAUAUGGACAGCACUAACAUCUAUGCUUACAUUUCCAUUAUUGCUCUCUUUGUUUGUCUUCCCCCUGCCAUAAUUAUUGAAGGACCUCAACUGAUGAAGCAUGGCUUUAACGAUGCAAUUGCUAAAGUUGGUUUGACCAAGUUCGUAACUGACCUCUUUUGGGUUGGAAUGUUUUAUCACCUCUACAACCAGUUGGCUACCAACACUUUGGAGAGGGUUGCACCACUCACACAUGCAGUUGGGAAUGUGCUGAAACGUGCGUUUGUGAUCGGGUUUUCAAUUGUUAUCUUUGGUAACAGAAUUUCAACACAAACUGGAAUCGGAACAUGCAUUGCAAUUGUUGGAGUGGCAAUUUACUCAUACCUGAAGGCUCAGAUUGAAGAAGAGAAACGAAAGGGAAAAACAGCAUGAGAAGGAAGAACCUGUAAAGUAAUAAUCUAUUAUUUCUAAAGAUAAAAAUGACAAAAGUACUCGCUUUAUUGUCAUUCCGAACCUUUUUUAGUUUAUUUAUUUUUUCUGCUAUCAUUUUUCUCUCAA